AUGUCUGACUCUACUUUCCACACCACCGCUCAGGACAUCCGCAAGGCUGAGUCCAAGCUUGCUCAAUCUCACGGUGGCAAGCCUCCUGCCAACUCCGAUGUCUCUCAACUGAAGUCCGUCAUCGACCAAAACACCAACAAGCCCGCCGAGGUCGAGAACACCAAGUCCAACUUGCCUUUGCCCGAAGACCCUCCCGUUGCUAGCGACUGGAACUCCUCGGACGCGCGCACUACUGCCGUCGGAUCUGGGCGCUUUGAUGGCUUGCGCGAGGGUGCUUCUGCCCACAGCAGUGCUCGCGUUGACGGCAACGUGCUGCACACCAACACCGUCCCUGGCAACUCUGUUGAUCCCCAGGCCACUGCUUCUCACGCCUCAAACCACUAA